AUCAUCAAGCUUCAUCACAACGAAACCGCCUCAAACCACCAUGCAACUCAGCUCUUGGCUGUCCUUUCUUGUCGGCUGCAGCCUGUUGACCGCCGUGGCCGGUCAACGUGAUCGCUGUUACGAGAUUCGAGACUACGGUCGAAGUGGACGUUGCCAUCGUUGUCGAGAUGGCUAUCGCUUCUAUCAACGGAGCAACUGCGAUUAUGAUAGGCGAUGCUGCUAUGGAUAUUGCAUCGACGACCGGCACUCGGAUGGAGUGACUGAAGGAGGUAUGCUUUGAGCCAGCCUUGUACUAUCUGUCAUGCAAACUCGAGAGAUUG